UUCCACCAUAAAGAAGAUAAGCUUCCGUAAGGGAAGCAGGAACUACUAUCUCAACCACAAAAGAUGACAACCGCCAGACCUUUUCAAACAUCUAAAACUUACAAUAAACGUACGUAGAAAAUCACAAAUACCAUGUCAUCUAGAACAUACCAAUUGAACAAGAGAUAACUUCAUGCCGAUGCCUCGGCCACGACAUCACCAUCCAAAAAAAUGAGUAAAUGGAAGGACUGUUAGGCUUCAACAAUGGCUUCAUUGUGCACAAGUUCUUCCCUCUUAUCACUUCACGAUCAGCUUAAACAACGCGAAUACAAGCACAGAAAAUGGCAUCAGAGUAAUACAGGAAUUCUUCAAAAGGGUACUUACAGAAAUGUGGCUCGUCUCAAUGCACCUGCAAUUUUCAUCCCAGAAGAAGGAAAAGAGACUAGGGAGAAUCAUAAAAAGGUAAAGAAAACGAAAUAUUGCAAGACUUUUGGUAUAGAUGUAGGUGUAUUGUGUAAGGAAGGGAGAAUUGCAGAGGCCAUGGAAAUAUUGAAAUUAAUGGACCAGCAUGGGAUUAUGCCAGAUUUUGAUACGUAUAAUACUCUUCUUCAAAAUUGUAUCAACUGGGGUUUUCUUGAAGAGGGUAAAAGAGUACAUGAACACAUGAUUAAGUGUGGAUUUAAGCCAGUUAAAUUUAUAGGCAAUCAGUUGUUGAAUUUGUAUGCUAAAUUGGGAAGUUUAGAGGAUGCAUGUAAAGUGUUUGACAAAAUGCGUAAACGAAAUACUGUUUCUUGGACUAGCCUAAUUGGGGUGUAUGCUCAGAACGGAUGUGAGGAGGAGGCUUUUAGGUUGUAUGUGGAAAUGCUUGGGGAAGGGAAGACGACCAAUCAGUUCACAUUUGGGACGGUUCUGAGCGCUUUGGCUGGACUAGGGGGUUUGCAAGAGGGGAAAAUUGUCCAUGGUCAGGUUGUCAAAACUGGGUUUGAUAGUAAUGUGUUUGUGGGGACUGCUCUUUUAGAUUUCUAUUUCAAGUGUGGCAGAAUUGAGUUUGCUUGCAAAGUGUUUGAGACUAUGCCUGAGAAAAAUAUGGUUUCAUGGAAUGCAAUGAUUGCAGGAUAUGCUAAAAAUAAUCAUAUUGAAGAUGCACGUCAAGUGUUUGACAGAAUGCCCGAUAGAAAUCCGACCUCAUGGAGUGCAAUCAUUGCAGGGUAUGCCCAAAAUGGACAGGGGGAUGAGGCAAUUAGCUUGUUCUGCCAAAUGCAAUUGGAAGGGCUGAAGCCUUGCUGUCGGAUUUAUGCUAGUGUUGUGAGAGCAUGUGCGAGCCUGGCAGCUCUGGAAAGCGGUAGACAAAUACAUACUCAUAUCAUAAAAUCUCAGUCUCAGUUGAAUGUCUUUGUGGGAAGUGCUCUUGUGGAUAUGUAUGCCAAAUGUGGAAUCACCAAUGAUGCAUGGCGAGUAUUUGAGGAAAUACCUCUAAGGAAUGUUGUGACAUGGAAUGCAAUGAUUGCAGGUUAUGUCCAGAAUGGUUUUGCUGGGAGGGCACUAGAAGUCUAUGAACAAAUGGAACAGAUGAAUGUAAAGCCUGAUAACGUGACAUUUGCCUGUGUUCUAUAUGCAUGCAGCCAUUUGGGUUUCGUGGACGAAGGCCGCCACUAUUUUGAAUCCAUGAGUCGCAAUCAUAAUAUUUGGCCAGAGCAUGCGCAUUAUGUGUGCAUGGUUGAUCUUCUUGGCCGUGCUGGGCUUUUGAGUGAGGCAGAGGAAUUUAUACAUAGAAUGCCAAUUUUACCGAGUGCCCUAGUGUGGCUGAAAUUGCUUACUUCCUGCAAAACACAUGGGAAUGUUGAGAUAGGUCAACGUGCAUUCUUCCAUAUUGUGGAACUCGAACCUCAAAACUCUUCGGCCUAUGUACUGUUAACAAACAUCUAUGCUGCAGCAGGGAACUGGGAUUAUGCAUCCAAAUUGAGAAAACUGAUGGGAGAUAUGGAGAUGAAAAAGGAGACAGGAUUCAGUUGGAUUGGAAUUAAGAACAAGGUGCACACCUUUGUCGCAAGUGACAGAUCACACCCACUUACAGAAGAAAUCUAUGCAAAAUUGGAAACUUUGUCUGAGCAGAUACGGGAGAACGGAUAUGUGCCCGACACAAACUUUGUGCUGCAAGAUGUGGAUCAACACGAAAAAGAAUUUCUCGUCCGCCAUCACAGUGAAAAAUUAGCCGUUGCCUUUGGGAUAAUAAGUGCACCUGCUGGUUCUCCCAUUCGUAUUGUUAAGAACCUUCGCAUGUGUGGUGACUGCCAUACUGUGGUGAAGUACAUCUCCAAAGUAAUUGGGCGUCAGAUUGCUAUUAGGGAUACGUCUCGCUUCCAUCAUUUCAAGGAUGGGGUGUGUUCAUGCAAGGAUUUCUGGUGAAUUCACACCCCUACAUUAAAUAUAUCCUCCUCCUGCAUUAUGGCUGCCGAGUUGGUUAAAAUUUAGUGUUCUAAGCCAAGCAAGCUACCAUAUUUUUAUCCUUAA